AUGAGCUACCAAUGAAAGACAGAAUGCAAAAAAUAGUUACUCUUUUUCUUGAUAAUGGGGUGAUUGAUAAGUUUGUUCUUGCACCUAUUAAUACCGGCCAACAUUGGGUUUUGCUAGGAAUCAAUCUUAAACUGGAGAUAAUUCAUUAUCUUGACCCAAUAGCGGUAGACAUUAAUAUGAGGCAAGAUUUGAAAAAAUUGUUUGACAUGGUUAUACAAACCUAUCGAGCUCAAACAGGAAACAUGGUUUCAAAAUCUAAGUCAAACAAUAUCAAGUGGACAACAAUUAAGUGCCCAAGACAACCCAACGGCAAUGAUUGUGGGUAUUACGUGUGCCAAUAUAUGAAGGAAAUUAUUACAUAUUGUGAAGGAGGAACAAUUCCAACUGAUUAUUUUUCUAGUUGCAGAUGUCAACAAUAUCAUGAAAGUCAAAUCAUUGAAGUUAGAGAAAAUUGGUGUAUACAUGUAAUUAGUACAUGCUUAUAG